ACUGCACCGGCGAGCAUCUCCAAGUGAAUGCUCAGCCAGGCAAAGCGGUGACGCCCCUCACUACCACGGAAUUCCCUUAUUGCAAGUCUUAUCUACACGCCCCUGAUCCUCCCGUCACGGCGUACGCAUGCCAAAAUGGCUGCAACGGUCCUUGCAACAUCGGUCAGGCAGGGCAGUGCACCUACCUCAGUCCUGGCAGCGCUGCCAAUGCGCGUUUCGAGUGCAUUACCCGUGCCUGAUGAGGGCAAGCAGGCAAGAGCUACAAGAGCCGGGCACAUCCUCGUCUGUACACUAUCCGAUGUCUCUCCUCGAAAUAUGGUCCAAAGCUCGAUGCCUCGAUCCCGGACAGUACCGUGUACCGUCAUCGGAGUGCACGCCGUCUCCUCUGCGGCCCGAGCACUGCCCCGGUCUGAUAUGAAGCCGUCGGGCAGCGUCAGCUUCACCACAGGUAGAGAGUAUAAGAGCGGGCGUGGAGCAUCGCUGUCAGUCCCAACCUCACCUCACGCACGACCAGCCCAACAUGACCAAGCUCGCCUCCCUCCUCUCCGCCAUCUUCAUCCUGGCAGCUGCCUCCUCAGCCACUCAAGUCAAGCUCGGUUGGUGCUACAGCAACAAGUGAGCGCCCUCCCUUGCCUGUCAAACUCCUUGCUGACCUGAAUCACUCCUCUCGCCUCGUCUAAACGCUCGCUCAGGGACUGCACGGGCGACCCUCUUCAAGUGAACGGGGACAGCGGCAACAAAAGAAACAA